AUGCAACUUUCACGCAUCAUUGCUCACGCACUCGCUGCAGCGAUUGCCGCUUCAGCUGUGUCGCUCACUGAUGCCGCAUCGGGCUCGAUGACUCCAAGCAGAAACACCAAUAAUGCCAAGACCCACAGCGUCGCAGAGACCACGCAGCGCAAACUGGGUGAAGGCGGCGGUUUCGGUGCUGUUGACCUGACGGUCCAGACUGAAGCGAACACCUUUCAGGGGACAAUGUUCGCCCAAAACAUCCAGGACGAUACCAAGAAGAGCGAGCAAGAGGUCUCUGUAACCCAGGUUUACGCACAGAUUGGCCAGGGCGGCAAUACUGGGGAGGAGAAGCAGGAAGGCAAUGCAAAGAAGGAUGAUAUGGAGAAAGAGAAGAAGGAGCAGCAGGAGAAGGUGACGAAGGAGCAGCAGGAGAAGGUGACAACGGAGCAGCAGGAGAAGGUGACGAUGGAGCAGCACCAGAAGGAGACGAAGGAGCAGCAGGAGAAGGUGACGAUGGAGCAGCAGGAGAAAGAGACGAAGGAGCAGCAGGAGAAGGUGACGAUGGAGCAGCACCAGAAGGAGACGAAGGAGCAGCAGGAGAAGGUGACGAUGGAGCAGCACCAGAAGGAGACGAAGGAGCAGCAGGAGAAGGUGACGAUGGAGCAGCAGGAGAAAGAGACGAAGGAGCAGCAGGAGAAGGUGACGAUGGAGCAGCACCAGAAGGAGACGAAGGAGCAGCAGGAGAAGGUGACGAUGGAGCAGCAGGAGAAAGAGACGAAGGAGCAGCAGGAGAAGGUGACGAUGGAGCAGCACCAGAAGGAGACGAAGGAGCAGCAGGAGAAGGUGACGAUGGAGCAGCAGGAGAAAGAGACGAAGGAGCAGCAGGAGAAGGUGACGAUGGAGCAGCACCAGAAGGAGACGAAGGAGCAGCAGGAGAAGGUGACGAUGGAGCAGCACCAGAAGGAGACGAAGGAGCAGCAGGAGAAGGUGACGAUGGAGCAGCAGGAGAAAGAGACGAAGGAGCAGCAGGAGAAGGUGACGAAGGAGAAGUUGGAGAAGAAAAAUGUGUAUGAUCAGAAUGAUCAAGGUGUUCCGGAGAACCCGAACAUGGAGAAGCCAUCUACGAAUUCGACGACGAAGGGUAAUCCUUUACUGCGUAAGGUGGGCUGUCCUGUCUAA